AUAAACCGAACUAGACCAAAAACUAAUCUAUUAGAUGAAUAAAAGGCCACACAUUGUUUAGUUUAGUUCGGCUAUGAGAAGCAGAAGAAGAGAUGCCGUCGGGGAAAUACUACUGCGACUACUGCGAGAAGGAGUUUCAAGACACACAAGUCGCGAGAAAACGACAUCUUCAGAGCAAUCCUCAUCUUCGAGCUAAAGCACUUUGGUACAGCUCUACCCCCUCAGAUGUUAAUAAUCAUCAAGUCUCCAGCUUUGUGCCGAGGGGUCUCUGCAAUCGAUUCGUUUCAUCGAACUUUUGCCCAUUCGGAGAUUCUUGCAGAUACUUGCACCCAAACAACAUUCCAGGAAGCACAGGAUACACCACCACUAAUAACAACAAUACACAACUUCUUGCUGGCUUGCCUAACCAACAAAUCCAAGGAAGUAGUUUAAACCGUGAUAUCUUUAGCGGGAGAGGAGAAGGAACCGGUUGGUUCGAUCUUCCACCGUCUCUGAGACCGCCUCCUGAGCAAGGCUAUCCUCAACUUCCCUCCAUUGACUGGGGAUAGAAGUUUUUUUUCUUUCUCUGCAUAGUAAUUGCUAAGAUGUAACUUUGAUCAUUUUUAAACACUCAUUUUAACAUUUUACCCCAUUUCUGAUAGAAAAAAAGGCAGUUGAUUUUCA